AUGGCGGUGGCGGGGAGGAGAGGGGUGUUUCCCGGCCCCAGCCCUCUUAAAGGAAGAAGCCCCGGGGCCUGCGUCCCUCCUGGAGGAGAGGAGAGAGGCCAGCCCCGGGAGGGCAUUCCUGCCUUUUGGCAGCAGGCGGAGCAGACAGGACUCUCCUCAGAGGCCCCACCCACGAGGGAAGGGCAGGCCCCGGGCAUCGAGGAGACGGAUGGGGAGCUGACAGUGGCCCCCACACCAGAGCAGCCAGAACGGGGCGUCCACUUCGUCACCACAGCCCCUACCCUGAAGCUGCUCAACCACCACCCACUACUCGAGGAAUUCUUACAAGAAGGGCUGGAGGGCGGCGAGGAGGGGAUGAGGCCAGCCCUGCCCUUCCAGCCUGACCCACCAACACCGUUCACCCCGAGUCCCCUUCCCCGCCUGGCCAACCAGGACAGCCGUCCUGUCUUCACCAGCCCCACUCCAGCCAUGGCUGCAGCACCCACUCAGCCCCAGGCCAGAGAAAGACCUUGGAGCCUGGAGUCAGAGCCCCCUGUGCUUCGCAUCACAGCCCCCCUACCUCCUGUGCCCAGCCCAGGCCCCGGGCAAAGGCCCAGUACCACACCCCCUAGCAGAGCAUGGACUCCGACCCAAGAGGGUCCUGGAGAUAUGGGCAGGCCAUGGGCUCCAGAGGUCAGGUCCCAGACCCCGGGGCUCGGGACGGAGGGAGCCGUCAUGACCUCUACAGCAUCAGGGGACGAUGAGGAGACCACCAUCACCACCGUCCAGCCACCAGGCCCUUGUAGCUGGAAUUUCUCAGGCCCGGAGGGCUCUCUGGACUCCCCCACGGCCCCCAGCUCACCUACAGAUGCCGGCCUCGACUGUUUCUACUACAUUACCGUCUACCCUGGCUAUGGUGUAGAAAUCAAGUGCGGGGCUGCUUUUUGCUCCCUGGACUUCUGGCAAGGCUCCUUGCACACCGUGCAGGCCCUGGAGGCGGAGGGGGCUGCCCAUGGUUUGCUUUGCUCUCCAGGGGGCUGUUGUGGUUCUGACUAUAAACAGUACGUGUUUGGCGGCUGGGCCUGGGCCUGGUGGUGUAUCUCCGACACUCAGAGGAUUUCCCUAGAGAUUAUGACGUUGCAGCCCCGCUGCGAGGACGUAGAGACGGCCGAGGGGGUAGCUUUAACUGUGACGGGUGUCGCCCAGGUGAAGAUCAUGACGGAGAAGGAGCUCCUGGCAGUGGCCUGCGAGCAGUUUCUGGGCAAGAACGUGCAGGACAUCAAGAACGUCGUCCUGCAGACCCUGGAGGGGCACCUGCGCUCCAUCCUCGGGACCCUGACCGUGGAGCAGAUUUAUCAGGACCGAGACCAGUUUGCCAAGCUGGUGCGGGAAGUGGCGGCCCCUGACGUCGGCCGCAUGGGCAUCGAGAUCCUCAGCUUCACCAUCAAGGACGUGUAUGACAAAGUGGACUAUCUGAGCUCCUUGGGCAAGACGCAGACUGCCGUGGUACAGAGAGAUGCGGACAUUGGGGUGGCCGAGGCCGAGCGGGAUGCAGGCAUCCGGGAAGCAGAGUGCAAGAAGGAGAUGCUGGAUGUGAAGUUCAUGGCAGACACCAAGAUCGCUGACUCCAAGCGAGCCUUCGAGCUGCAAAAGUCAGCUUUCAGUGAGGAGGUCAACAUCAAGACCGCCGAGGCCCAGCUGGCCUAUGAGCUGCAGGGGGCGCGGGAGCAGCAGAAGAUCCGGCAGGAAGAGAUUGAGAUCGAGGUGGUACAGCGCAAGAAGCAGAUUGCUGUGGAGGCGCAGGAGAUCCUCCGCACAGACAAGGAGCUCAUUGCCACGGUGCGCCGCCCCGCCGAGGCUGAGGCCCACCGCAUACAGCAGAUCGCCGAGGGUGAAAAGGUGAAACAGGUCCUCUUGGCGCAAGCAGAAGCCGAGAAGAUCCGCAAACUCGGGGAGGCGGAGGCAGCGGUCAUCGAGGCGAUGGGCACAGCAGAGGCUGAGCGAAUGAAGCUCAAGGCCGAGGCCUACCAGAAAUACGGGGAUGCAGCCAAGAUGGCGCUGGUGCUGGAGGCCCUGCCCCAGAUUGCUGCCAAAAUCGCCGCCCCCCUGACCAAAGUCGAUGAGAUUGUGGUCCUCAGCGGGGACAACAGCAAGGUGACAUCAGAAGUCAACCGACUGCUGGCCGAACUGCCUGCCUCCGUGCAUGCCCUCACAGGCGUGGACCUGGCCAAGAUACCCCUGAUCAAGAAGGCCACCGGCGCACAGGCGUGAGGCUCCCGAAGGCCUGCACCCCUCAGCAGCCGUUUUCCUACCACAACGACAACGGGAACGCUACUGACUCUGGUGCCUUAUUUUGUAGGGACCAGAAGUGCUGCGUGCUCAGGCCUUCUCUGGCUGUCUUCCCGCCGCCCCCCCCCCCCCCCCCCGUCUCUGGCUGUCUCCUUUCUCUUCUCCCCUUCCCACAUCUUCAUUUUCACUGCCACAUCCAUCUGGUUUGUCUCUUCCACCCUCGUCUCCCAUCUCCCUGUCCGUCUCUUCCCUUGUCUGUCUGUCGUUUUCUCUCCCUCUCUCUCUGCUCCCCCCCUCUACACACAUCAUGUAGUUUAAGCUGAAGACGUUUAUUAUGACCACUGUCUGUCUGUGGGGGGUAGUAGCCCUGCUGCUCCUCAGAAUCCUGGUGCCUUGAAGUUCUCUGUGCAUCUGUCCAUCCUCCCUGUGGCCCUUGCCAAGACGCGGCAUGGGUGCGGAGGGUCUGGGUAGGAUGGCCACCCGCCCCUUUCCUGGCCUGGUCUUCCCAGCCCUGAGUCCUACCCAGAAGUCCCCAGCCUCCCCCACUCCGGACCCCCUAGGCCUCGCUGGCCAUUGCCCUCCCCAGCCCCAGGCCUGCUCUCGUACCUUACCUCUCUCUCCUUACCUAGGGGCACAGAGGCAAGGCCUCCUGUCUAUAGCAGCUCCCUCAGUUUACUACUGCCUCAGGAGGCCCUUGCUUGUGCUCAGGGAAGUCCCCUUCAUGGACAUAUCCCUACUAGGUAGAGUAGGGCUUGGUCCCAACUCUGUUAAGCCUUUCUGGGAUCAGGGUCUAGCCCUGUUGGGGACUAGAAGGUGUGUAGACCCUCUUCCUGCUAGGCCUGUGCUGACCUGGGUAUGGGGCCAGGCCCUUGCAGUGGGCAUGGCUGCACCAGCCCCGGACAGAACUCAGCGCUGUAGACUGGCCAGGCUCCAUACCCCUUGUGCCAUUUUUCCUUCUGACCAGAGUGAUAGGGUUCCAGCCAUGGGGAAGCAGCCGAGCCCUCUGUCUCCUGGCUCUCGUGGAGACAGAAGAACCCAGAGCCCAAGCAUCCUGGCAGGGGUGCUGUGGGCGUCCGCUGGUCCCAGUCUCCCACUUCUGGCUCUGCCCCAGCCUGUGUAGCUGUUCCUGCAUGUGGAUGCUGCAUGUCUGGUCUGGGGCUUGGAUGCUGCACUGCCCCGCUGCCUGUCCCUUCUAGUAAAAUAAAGAUCUGUUAUGCCUAC